UGGUAACUAGAAUGGCGGCAGAGCAAGCACUAUAAAUUAUUCCCAAGCUCGAAUCCAAAGUCCGUUGGAAGAGAGAGGGAGAGCGAUAUGGAAGACGAAGCAGAGAUAUAUGAUGGAAUCAGAGCUCAGUUCCCUAUAACUUUCGGUAAGCAAUCAAAAUCCCAAACCCCUCUCGAAGUCAUUCACAAUGCCACUCGUCGCACCACCGCCACCGCACGGACAGUCGCUGACCGUCAGUCUGCAUCAUCUUCCCACUCCAGGAAUGUCGAGAAAGACAAAGACUUCCCUUCUCUCUCUUCCUCCUCAAAAUCCUGGCUAGAGUCCUUCAAAAACACUAACCCUAGUUCUCGCAAUCCCCAAAAUUCUAGUAACUCUGAUAGCAAUAUUGGCGUGUUAAUUGGACCAGCGCGUCCGUUACCGGACUCGAAUUCGGCUGAGGAUGCGAUGAUUGGUCCGCCUCGGCCCACGACUGUUAAUGGGGAAGAGGAAGAUGACGACGACGACGAGCGAAUGAUUGGGCCGCCUCGGCCGCCACCUGGUGCCGUUGGGUCGGAUUCGGAAGAGGAUUUAGAUGAGGAAGAAGAGAAUCGGUAUCGGAUACCUCUCAGUAAUGAGAUUGCGUUAAAGGGGCACACUAAGGUUGUUUCUGCUCUUGCAAUCGAUCAUUCGGGUUCUAGAGUUCUUUCUGGUAGCUAUGACUACACAGUCCGUAUGUAUGACUUUCAAGGGAUGAAUGCUCGAUUGCAGUCCUUUAGACAGCUUGAACCAUGUGAAGGUCACCAAGUUCGCAGUCUAAGUUGGAGUCCUACCUCAGACCGAUUUCUGUGUGUGACUGGCUCAGCCCAAGCUAAGAUUUAUGACCGUGAUGGGCUUACUUUGGGAGAGUUUGUGAAAGGGGACAUGUACAUCCGUGAUCUUAAGAAUACCAAGGGCCACAUAUCUGGCUUGACUUGUGGAGAAUGGCACCCUAAAACGAAGGAGACAAUUUUAACGUCGUCUGAGGAUGGUUCUCUGCGUCUAUGGGAUGUAAAUGACUUUAAAAGUCAAAAGCAGGUUAUCAAACCAAAACUCAUGAGGCCUGGAAGAGUUCCUGUUACUGCAUGUGCUUGGGAUCGUGAAGGAAAAAGUAUUGCAGGUGGUAUUGGAGAUGGAUCUAUACAGAUAUGGAAUCUUAAGCCUGGAUGGGGAAGCAUGCCUGAUAUUCACGUUGCCAAAGGUCACUCGGAGGACAUCACUGCUCUUAAGUUUUCUGCUGAUGGACGGAUUUUACUUUCAAGAAGCUUUGAUGGUUCACUGAAGGUCUGGGAUUUGCGCCAAAUGAAGGAGCCUCUUCAAGUAUUUGAGGAUCUUCCAACCAAUUAUGCUCAAACAAACAUUGCAUUUAGUCCCGAUGAGCAACUCUUCUUGACAGGAACAUCUGUUGAAAAGGAUAGCACAAUUGGGGGUUUGCUAUGCAUUUAUGAUCGAGUGAAACUUGAACUCGUAUCAAGAAUCGGAAUAUCUCCUACUUGUAGCGUUGUGCAGUGUGCUUGGCAUCCAAAGCUGAAUCAGGUCUUUGCCACCGUAGGGGAUAAAACCCAAGGAGGAACUCACGUACUAUAUGACCCAACCCUCAGUGAGAGAGGAGCUCUUGUUUGUGUUGCACGUGCACCGAGGAAAAGAUCUGUUGAUGAUUUCCAAGCAGAACCUUUGAUUCACAACCCUCAUGCACUCCCGUUAUUUAGAGAUCAGCCAAGCCGUAAGCGUCAGCGCGAUAAAAUAUUGAAGGACCCGCUCAAGUCUCACAAGCCUGAAGUUCCCAUGACAGGGCCAGGCCAUGGUGGAAGAGUCGGUACAACAAAAGGAAGCUUGUUGACCCAGUACCUUCUUAAGCAAGGUGGCUUGAUCAAGGAGACAUGGAGGGAGGAAGAUCCAAGAGAAGCUAUUCUGAAGUAUGCUGAUGUUGCUUCAAAAGAUCCAAAGUUCAUUGCUCCAGCAUAUGCUCAAACGCAGCCUGAACCAGUCUUUGCCAAGUCGGAUUCAGAAGAUGAAGAAAAAUAAUCUGAAAAUAUACGAGUGCCUACUUUGGCUAUUCAGUGCUACAAUUUUUUUUUUGUAUGUAUUUGCUUGUGUGGAAUUGCUGCUUCUUGGUAUUAAUCGUAAUGGUUCUUUUUAUUUACCCCUUGCAGAUAGGGUAUCAAGUUGUAGAACUUGGUUUUGCACUUUUACAUCUGCUCUCAAUGUAUCACGAUACCGUAAAUUUACAUGUGUUCAGCAAAUGAUUUUUG